AACCCAUUAGUACCUUUCAAGAGGUCGGUGGACGGCCAUUGUAGAAUACUUUCGAGCUUUCUUCCUCCUUCUGCAAAAUCAUAAAUAUCAUCUCAGAUAACAUAUGUAAUUGUUCGGUUUAUUGCUGAAUGCUACACUCUUCUUCAGAGAUUCGGAUCUGAUCUAUGAUCGUAGAGUGGAAGUCGUCAAUUUGACAGGGUUCCAGGAUUGAAUUUUGAUGGAUUCGUCGUCAUCGAGCCAGCCGGAGUUCGAUUACUUGUUCAAGCUGUUGUUGAUAGGUGAUUCUGGGGUCGGGAAGAGUACUCUCCUCUUGAGUUUCACCUCUAAUGCCUUUGAAGAUCUCUCUCCCACCAUUGGUGUGGAUUUCAAGGUGAAACACGUCACUGUUGGCGCAAAAAAGUUGAAGCUUGCAAUUUGGGACACUGCUGGACAGGAAAGAUUCCGAACACUAACCAGUUCAUAUUACAGAGGAGCACAAGGGGUAAUAAUGGUUUAUGAUGUAACACGUCGAGAAACAUUUACAAAUUUAUCUGAUAUAUGGACCAAAGAAAUUGACCUGUACUCAACCAAUCAAGACUGCAUCAAGAUGCUUGUUGGCAACAAAGUUGACAAGGAAAGUGAGAGGGUUGUCACAAAAAAAGAGGGAAUUGACUUUGCCAGGGAAUAUGGAUGUCUUUUCUUGGAAUGCAGUGCAAAAACUCGAGUCAAUGUGGAGCAAUGUUUUGAAGAGCUUGUUUUAAAGAUUCUGGAAACACCAAGCCUUUUGGCUGAGGGCUCGGCGGGUGUGAAGAGGAACAUCUUUAAGCAGAAGCCCCCACAAUCUGAUGCCUCAACCAGUGGGUGCUGCUGAAGCUGACCCUUACCUUUGUCCAUGUAACAUCUUUCUUUGUUUUCCUAUUCUUGUGCUUGAUAUAUAUUUAUAUUAUAGGUUCAAUAUUGGGGACUAUAUUUACUCUGAAAUGGGUAAAGUUUUUAUUCUGAUUUCUACUCUUUUACUGAUAUAUCAUGGUUUUCUGCUCAAGAAA